AUGUUACAAAAUCAACAUUAUAUGCAACAUUUAGAAUUACCUAACAAAAACUUUGAUACAUGGAAAAAUAUUCUUUCAGUUAUUGGUUGUCUUAUAGAAUCAUUAAAUGCAAAUACAUUCGAUUCCUCAUUUCCAUUGACAUAUUUUCCAAAUUUGAAAUCAUUCACCUUCUCUUCAUCCAGCUUUUGCUUGAUAGAUCAUUUGGAAUUAAUCAUCAAAAGUAAACAUUUUCAACAAUUACAUUCAUUCAAAAUAGUAGGUUGUGGAAUCCUCUUUCCCCGCGAUUCAUCUUAUAUAUCUUAUUCAAGUUAUUUUAAACAACCCAGAAAUGAAUAUAUGCGUGAAAACGUUCUCACUCAUCAAAAUACCUUAAAAAUAUUCCAUUCUUCAUUAAUUACAGGAGUAUCACUAUACCCUUCACCUAUUUAUCAAACUAAUGCAAAUUUACAUUCAUUAAAACUGGUACUGGCUCAUUUCUCUGAUAUAUUUAUAUUGAUUUCAUAUACACCAAAUUUAGAAUAUUUAAAUGUUCACUGUAAACCCCCCGGCUCUACUAUAGGAACGCUGAUAAAAACCAACAUCAGAUUAAAAUCACUAUAUUUGAAAUUCUCUCGUCAAAUUCAAUUCGGAGGAAAUGCCAAUACAUCAUUUUAUAUUGAUGACUUAAUUGGUGGUAUAAACCAGUUUUCAUCGUCAUUAACUUGUCUAUCACUCAGUUUUGUUGAUUUAUCAAUGCCAACUAUUGAUAAUUUUCUUUUCGACAGAAUACUAUUUCGACAAUUAUUGCAAUCAAUGAACGAACUCAAACAAUUUCAUCUCUAUGUUAAACUAACUCAAUUGUUAGAUAACAAAGAAAUUCUUUUAUCUCGAUUUCGUGAUCAAUUUUGGGUUGAUCAUAAUUGGUCAUUUGGAACACAUGGGAAAUACUUUUAUACAUUACCAUUUCAUUUUGAUCAUCUCCAUGAAUUUUAUGGUGGUUUUGACGCUUUUCAAUCAACUCAUUCUAAUAUUUUAUUGAACAACGAUCGAAUAUGGUCUCAUGUUAAAUCUAUUGAUUUACCUCUAACGUCGAAAUAUGAUUUGAAUCUUUUAAAACAAAUGAAUAGAAAGAUGCCAAAAUUAACUUUUAUCAACUUCAAUUCAACUGAUAAUAUUAGCGUGAAGAAAUCAGAAGAUGUCUGCAUGAAAAAUCAUAUUACAUUCGAUAAGGUGACAACGAUACAAUGUAUGAAUGGAUCACUUGAAGAUGAAAAAGAAUGGUUAAUUCAUCGCUUACCAAAUUUAAAACAUUUGAUUUUAUAUUCUACGAAAUUACCUUCAAUGGCUAGUGAAUUAACUCCGAUAUUAAAUCAAAGGAUAAAAAAAUUGGUUUUAACGAAUUAUUUUUCACUUGAACCAUUAACGGAAAUAAGUUAUUUUUAUUUUUCGAAUGUGGAACAAUCAUGUUAUAAAAGUUCGAAUUAUCUUCGACAAUAUGUUAAUAAAACUGGAAAAAUUGAUUACUGA